CCCGGCUCUGGGGCAGCGCAGUAGCAGCCCAGCCGAGCCAUCCCGUGCGUCUCGCUCCGGGUUCCGCCCGCCUGCCGGCGCCCGCCGCGAUGCCUUAGUGUCCCCCGAGCUGCCCCAGCCGACUGUUCCUGGCGGCCACCAGUGCUGUGGCCGGUCACAUGUGCUUGGCGGGCUCGUGCCGGGCCUCUGGCUCCCACUGACAGCUGGAGAGCCUGCCCGCCGCCCACCUUGCCCACUCCACCGCCGCACGCCCGAGCCAUGGAGGCCCCGGAGGUGCCCGUGGGGUCGCUGAUCGACUUCGGGACCGAGCCAUCGGCCGCCUCGCCCGUGGAGGCGCUUUCUGCAAAGCUGCAGGACAGGGACGGCUCCCAGGGGGAUGGCGGCUCAGAGAGCGAAACCACAGAGUCAGCGGACAGCGAGAACGACAUGGGCGAGUCGCCCUUGCACCCGCCCUGGGACCAGGACCGCCGCUCCUCCUCCAACGAGUCCUUCUCUUCCAACCAGAGCACUGAGUCGGCCAAGGACGAGGAGACCCUGGCGCUCCGGGAGUUCAUGCGCAGCUACGUGGAGAAGAUCUUCUCUGGAGGAGAUGAUUUGGACCAGGAGGAGAAAGCCAAGUUCGGAGAAUAUUGCAGCAGUGAGAAUGGGAAGGGCCGGGAAUGGUUUGCUCGCUACGUGAGUGCCCAGCGCUGCAAUUCCAAGUGCGUCUCAGAGCCGACCUUCUACCGCCUGGUGCAGUCUUUCGCGGUGGUCCUGUUUGAGUGCCAUCAGAUGGAUGACUUCGGGCCCGCCAAGAACCUCAUGACCAUGUGCUUCACGUACUACUACAUCGGGAAGCCCCACCUGCUCCCCACGGAGUCCAAGGAGAAGCCCGCAGGGAGCAUUGACUCCUACCUGAAGUCCGCCAACAGCUGGUUAGCCGAGAAGAAGGACAUCGCGGAGCGGCUGCUGAAGAACACCAAGACGGAGAAUGUCAAGGGUUUCUUUGGCGGGCUGGAGACCAAGCUGAAGGGACCCCUGGUCAAGAAGAAUGAGGACGAGGAGAACAAGCCAAAGGAGAGGCCGCAGAGGACAGUGACCGUGAGCAGCCCAGGCGAGGACAGGAAGGGGGAGAAGAUCUACCUGUACACGCACCUGAAGCAGCAGCCCAUCUGGCACACGCUCAGGUUCUGGAACGCAGCCUUCUUUGAUGCCGUGCACUGUGAGAGGAGGAAGCGGUCGCCCACCACCAGAGGGGAUGCUGGAGAGGAGGAGAAGAAGAGGGAGAAGUGGUGCCACAUGAGCCAAGAGGAGCGUGAUGACAGCCUGCGGUUCCAUGAGAACAUCACCUUCGGGCAGCUGGGAACGUUCACGCACAACAUGCUGGCCUUCGGGCUGAGCAGGAAGCUGUGCAGCGACUUCCUGAAGAAGCAGGCUGUGAUCGGGAGUCUAGACGAAGAGCAAUACAAGCUGCUGAGUGACCACAUCGAGCAGAUGGCCACCGAGUAGACCACGGUGGUCCCCGCGGCACCCCGGGAGGGCCAGCGACUGGCUGUCACCUCACCUGAUGACCCCGCAUGACCUCGGCAGCACCCAGAGCCACUCCGCGCUGCCCUAGAACUAGCAGUUAGAGAGUCUGGCUGCCCUUCCUCCCCUCUGCCUGUGUCUGCUCCCCCCACGCCAAAGGGUCCCUGGGAUUACGUGGCUAAAACUGAGGUGACUGUCCAUACCCCCGAGUGUCAGCCUGUGACGUGGGACUGAGGACGGAGGAGGCCAGUGCCAGGUGGACACACCGCGUUUAGCAGGCCUCCUGCUGGAGAGCCUGUGGGAGCGCGGGGCGUCAAGGCAGCUGCGGCGGGAGGGCCAGGCCCCCCCACCACGUGCACAAUGUUUGUGCGCCUCUGAGCAGGCCCUGAGGGGGCAGCACUGGGCCGGCCUGGAGUUGUUCUGGCUUUCUGGCCCCUCUCCAUGGAGUCCCAGGACCCUCAAGGAGGGAGACGCUUGGAGGAGGGCGGGAGCCCUGUGCAGAGAACGGACGUUCCUGGCCAGGGAAGGCCUGUCGGGCAGGCGUGUGAGCCCAGUGGCUUUGUGAGAAGCACCCCAGUGUGGCUAGGGCGCUGUGGCCACCCUCCCGGUGGACUGGGGCAGCCUUCCUCUGAGAACCUCGUACCAGCUGUCCUGGAGGAAGGCCCGGAGAGAUGUGUUUCUUCAGUUGCUGCAAGGCCACUGCCCUGUCCGAGUGCCACUGUCCACUGCACACAGGACAGACACAUCUGUGCAAGUGUCCGGGCAGCUGGCAGAGGCUGGUGGCAGGGUUGGAGCAGCCUCUGGGGUCUGCUCCUAGGGCGCUGGGCCCUGCAGUGUGGCAGGAAGUGUGGGUGCGCUUCCUGGUUUCCUUCAGACUUUGCGGAACCCCCACAUCCGGGAGCCCCGCUUUUCUCCCUGGGCCUGUCCCAAGGGUCCCAGCCACCGCUUCCAGCAUGCACCCCAGAGCCCGUGAACGCUUGCCUCCAGCCCAGACCCUCUGCUCCCACCACUGCUCGCGCACUGGCCUGGGGUUUUUCCUGGCCCCCCGUCUCUCCUCUACCUCUCCAACUCCCACACCCGUGAGCACACGCAGACAUGCCUGACGGCACUUACCCAGCCAGGAGUCCUCAUGCAGUGCCCCAGAGGCAGCGCUGAGCCGCAGAGAGGAGACGAGAGGGGUGCACUGAGUGCUGGGUGCGAAAUGUUGUCCUCAAAGAAAUGGGGAGCGGCUGCCCACACCAGCCUGUCUCUGGGGGCAGGGGGUGGGGCGGCGGUGUGUUUUCCUAAACACAGCCCGCACACUGCUGAGGCCGGGCGGGGCACACUGCAUGGCCCCCACUGCCUCCCAGGCAGACAUCUCGUCUCAUGCCUCCAGGAACACAUCCUCCUCCACCCUGAACCCAGCCCUGGAUGGCGCUUUGUGCUUCUCCCUGCUGUGCAGCCUCAGGGGCUCUGCUUUUAGCUCUCAUCAGCAGAGGCUUCACUAGUCUUCUGGAAGUAGCUGGAAUGUUUCAAGACUUCAGGGUGCCAGAAGACUCAUCCCUGUGCAUCCGAGGACUUUGUGUAGGAAUUCUGACGCGUCCUUUCCUGAGGAAGAGGAGAGAAUUCUGCCUCUUUCCAGGGAGCUGGGCAGCAGGCAGCACUGUCCCCGCAGUGGGACGGGGCAGGACAGCUGGGAGCAGCUCUGACUUUGGACGUUGCCAAGCACUUUAUUUUCAGAAAUGACCUUGAGACUUUCUUCGACAUGGGCCCCUAGAAAUAGCAGUGGGAGGUGGAGACAGGGUGCCUUGGGUUUUUCCCUUCUGCCAUAGACCUCAUUCCUGAAAGCUGGGGUGAGCCUGACCCCAGAGGUGCCGCCGGGUGCGCGGCCCGGAGCCUGCUGUCUCCCGUUGGCUGCUGCGGGCCAAGCAUCUCACUGUAGAGGAUGCCGGCGGGUGUCCCCGGAAGGCCGGCAGCCCGACGAGCCCACUGUGCUGUCAGCCGGGUUGUUCCUUGGAACUGCCUGUGGAUGAAGUGGUAGAAAAGCAGCGCAGACAAUAGCCUUUUCCAUGACCAUCCAUCAAAAGGAAGCCCCCGAAGUAACUGAAAUCCCUCUUCUCCCGUAUUUGCCACACUCCCCCCAUUAAAGAAGUAACCAAAUAGUUCCUGACUUA